UCAAGUGAACGACAGAUCCCGUCACUAUUUCCGGUUCACUUGAUGCAACAUUUGUUUAUCCAUCCGGGUUGUGCAGUUAAAUUGUGUAGUGUUUUCCUGACCAAACGAGCGCCUUCAAAACAUUCUCAUCCGAUUCGACAAAUGACUACUAAGUGAACGCCAACGCAAUCCCAAACAUCCAAGUCAACGAGGAGAGGAAAUUCAGGUCACGACGAACAACUGCAAAAGAAAAUGAGGUGUUCCGCCGAUGUCACUGUAGAAGAUCUUCACCAUGAGAAGCACGAUUCCCUCCAUGUUAAACAGGAAGAGGAGUCCGAAAUGCUGUACAUCAAACAGGAGGCAGAGCCAGAGACCCCCGACAUGAAAGAAGAAGACCAGGAAGUUGAAAUCCACAAGUGUCCAAUGGGUGUCAGUGUGAAGAGCGAAGAAGACGAAGGUCCAAGCAAAGAGAGCGGAGCAGCGAACCCUUCGAGCGACAGCUCAUUUCAGCACUUAACAACAAAAGGAGAGGGACGAUCGCAACCGGACGGCCUUUUAGCUCCGCUUUCGGACAGCGACGACAUAACGUCACAUUCUUCUGACUUCAAUACUGAUGAGGAGGAUGAUGACUUUGACCAAAAGGCUUCAAAAUCUUUAAACAAGUCAUCAUUGAAAAGAGACCAAAAAAAAUGCGCAGUUGGAAGAUUUUUUCCCUGCUCACUCUGUGAUAAAACAUUUUCUUGGAAACGUAAUUUAAAAGUACACAUGCAUGCACACACUCGGGAGAAGCCUUUUGCCUGCACACUUUGUGAUAAAAAAUACUUCACAAAGGCAAAUUUAAACAGACACACAAGAACACACACUGGAGAGAAGCCUUUCGCCUGCCCACUCUGCGAUAAAAGAUUUUCUCGGAACACUACUCUAGAAAUACAUAAGCGUAAACACACUGGUGAAAAGCCUUUUGCCUGCUCACUUUGUGGUAAAAGAUUUUAUCAGAAGACUCAUUUAGAACAGCAUCAGCGUACACACACUGGAGAAAAGCCUUUUGCCUGCUCAUCUUGUGGUCAACGAUUCCGCUAUAAGGGAAAUUUAAACGAACACAAACGCAGACACACUGGAGAUGAGCCUUUCGCCUGCACACUUUGUGGUAAAAGAUUUUCUCAGAAGGGACAUUUUGAAUGGCACACAAGAAAUCACACUGGAGAGAAGCCUUUUGCCUGCACAGUUUGUGAUAAAAGAUUCGUCGAUAAGGCAGGUUUAAAAAAACACACAAGCAGACACACUGGAGAGAUGCCUUUCGCCUGCACAUUUUGCGAUAAAAGAUUUUAUCAGAAGAGAAAUUUAGAAAGGCAUAAGCAUACACACACUGGAGAGAAACAUUUCGCCUGCACACUUUGCGAUAAAAGAUUUUCUCAGAAGUGUAAUUUAGAAACACAUCAGCGCACACACACUGGAGAAAAGCCUUUCGCCUGCACACAUUGUGGUAAAAGCUUCGCUCAGAAACGAACUCUAGUAACACACGCAAGAGGCCAUACUGGGGAAAAAACUUUGAAUGGCAGCGUGUGACAAAAUAUUCCUGACAUGCGUUUUCAGUGGAAAAAGCAUUUCACUUUCCUUAUUGUUUCCCUUGAGCCUCUUUUGAAAAAGUUGUUGAAAUGAUUUUUCAUUUGCUGUUCUUUUUCUAUCCAAUAUAUUUAUUUCUAAAAUUGAAUAAAUUGCGUUACUUUGUGUUGAGAUUGUUCCAUAACUGACGUACUGGUUUUGAGGGCGUUAAAAAAAAAAAGUCAAUUCUGAGAUAUAUAUCGCGAUAUUAGGUCACACUAUUCUCGUAUGGAUUCAAAGUCCGUCUGUAUCGAUCUUUACAUGUGUUUUUGGCGGAAAUAAA